AUGUCUUACCGUGACUUGAGAAGUAAGUGAAAUAGUCCGGCUUCUGGUUCUAUUUUCUAUCAUCUUAAGUUUGUAGUGUUGACAUCAACUGUCUCUUAAGGCAGUGGACCUAGAUUUAGACUGAAACCACGUCUUUUCUUUUGGUAGAUUUUACCGAAAUGAUGCGAGCCCUGGGCUAUCCCAGACUCAUAUCGAUGGAGAACUUUCGUUCUCCCAACUUUCCGUUGGUCGCCGAGGUCUUGAUGUGGCUUGUUAGAAGGUAAAUAUCAACUUAUAAACUCAGUUAAUAUCUCUCCAUUACUAAAAGACCAGUGGCUGGGAGGUAAUGGAUUUGAUUGUGUGUUUAGGACGCAGUCUAUAUUUCACGUUCUGAAACUUAAGCUUUUAAGAUGAUUAUAAAUUGCAUGGACAAAAGUCUCUAUAACUUUUGAUCACAUCCAAAAUUCCCGCUUUGUUUCUUAAGCAAACACAAGGCAAUUUGAAAGGGAUUCUGAAACAUCAGACAGGAGGGGGAGGUACAGGAGGGUAAAUCUCCCUCCUCCCUACUUUUUCAGGCCAUUUCUCCCUCCUCCCUAUUCGGUACCUCCCCCUCUCAGACAGAGCUGUUACUGAGGGCCAGGGGAUGGGGCCUUCCCCUGGCAACUAUGAGCACACCUUCAUCUACUUUGAGAGAAAUCAAACAGAACAUAGAACAUAAAAAACGUCCUACCUGUUCAAUUCCUUGCCUUUUAAUUGCAUUGAUUACGUGGCAACUUGAAAUCUUAGUGACCUUGCUUGUGGGGUUGGUGGGGGUGUGGGUAGGGUUGCUGAUGGAAACCUGGUGCUCAAAAAACCCUGUUAAAUCCAGGGUGCUUAGUAUAUGAUUUCUAUUAAAAAACAAAGAUUUCUAUGUCACUCAGGAACAAAAGUAAAAUGCCAGGGGCCACAAAGUGCUACUAGAGCACAGCCAAGUGCUUGGUAUUUUUCUCCCUUAUCCACCUUCCAGUAAUUAAAUACUGGUACUUGUAUCAUCCAUGAAGCAGGUUCUUUGGCGUAGUUGUUUUUCUUCUAUUUUUAGAUAUGACCCAAAUGUUGAGUUGCCAACAGAUGUUGACACAGAGCAAGACAGAGUGCUUUUCAUAAAGUCGCUGGCUCAGUUUAUGGUAUUCAACAGACAAUUAUUUUUCUUAAGUUAAUUUCAGUGCAACUGUGGCUCUCAGUGACAAAUGAUAGAGAAGGCCCGAUACUCAUUCUGAGCUUAGAGAAGUAACACAUGAAGGAAAGAAAUUAAUUUGAAAAAGAUUUGUUUAUUGUUUCUCUCACGAUAGUCACUUUUAGUUAUUGAACGUGAUGUUUCAACUGCAUACUGCAGGUCCUCUUCAGGCAUUAGUGACAAUUUACUGAGUUGGACUACUACAUAACAUUGUAGUACCACUGUAGUUGCUUUGAUUGGCGUAUCACAAACCACACUCAUGAUUGGUGGGUUUCAAUUCAAAGCAUUAUUAGAGUGGACAAAAUUGUACCCUCAGUGGUCUGUUCUAGUACUGGUGUGUAAACUGUUUCUUGCUCAAUGCAGGCAACCAAAGCACAUAUCAAGCUGAACACAAAGAAGCUUUAUGGCGCUGAUGGGUAUGCUGUCAAGGAAUUACUAAAAGUAACGUCAGUUCUGUACAGUGCCAUGAAGACGAAUGCAGGAAAUCAGGUAGGCACUAUAAAUUAUGUGCUAACCCAUGUCCUGUGUGAAUUUGGUGAAAAAAAGCUGUUGCUGGUUUUAAAACAUGAAACUCCUUUUUUUUUUUUAAUUCAAAGGCAUCUGAAGAAUCCAAUGUGAGCUCCUUGACAUUUGAUAUCUCAUCAAGAGUAAGUAAUCUUAACUUAACAAGUAAAGUUCCAUAAUUCAAAAAAAAAAGUUUAAAUUUUUGAAUACAGGAUUUUCAAGUCCAUUGGCCAAUCUAGGGUGGGCCCCCCUUAUCUUUAUACCAACAUGAGGGCGCACAGGGCUGAGGCACCAAGUCUACUAUGUUUCAGUCAGAGAGCAGCCCUCUCUCCCUUACCUCAUGGUCUCGAUCUGUCACUGAUGUUUCAGUUUUUUUAUAUAAACAAGGCCCCUUUGGUGUCACUGUACAUGCAAAGGCAACUGCUUCAAAGCUAAAUGAUUAUGAAUGCACUGAUAUACACAAUUUAUUUUCGAGAGGAUAUCUUGAGUUACAUGUGUAUUGGCCUACUAGCUGUGGUAUAGCCAUUUGUAAUCCUUUAUAGUGACUAGCCAUCAAACAUCUACUUUUCCAGAUAAGUGACUUGAAAGCAUCUCGUCAGCUUGCAUCAGAAAUCACAUCAAGAGGAGCUGCCCUCUAUGACUUACUGGGCAGAGAAGUUGAACUAAGGGUAAGUGCAUAUGAUUGCAAAUGGCCGAAAUAAUUACUUUUUCACAUUGUAGUCAAAUACUUGUUUAGAAUUUGAGUCUCUGCAUCUCUGAAUAAUAUAAAAAGUAAAAGUAAAAGUCUGAAAAUAAGCCCCUCAAUGUAUAAGCCCCUCCAAAUAUAAGCCCCCCAAACUCGUAAUGCAAAAAAACCCUCCAUUCAUUUGCCCCUCCAAAUAUAAGCCCCUGGGAGGCUUGUACUUGGAAAAUUGCCCUCAAUUAUACAAAGUAAAAUAAAGCAAAAACAGUUAAUGUACUUCCAACUAUAAGGCUAGCCCAAUUGAUUUCAAAAUGCAAAUUUCCCCUCGUAGUUAAGCCCCUCCAAAAAUAAGUUCCUCAAAAAGGGCCUUUGGGGAAUAUAAGCCCUGGGGCUUAUUUUCGCAAUUUUAUGGUAUUUUUUUUCAUCCACUUCCCAUGUAACCUAAAGUUCCUCAAAUGUCAAAUUCAAUUAGCUAUAUUUUUAAAUAUUGCUUUCAUUGUGGACUCUUAGAGGCUUCGUUAGGAAAGUCUGUUGCCACGUUUUUUUUCAUAUUUUGUAUUUUUCUUCAGGAGCUAAGGACUAGUGCAAUAGCUAAACCACUGGAGUUAAACGAGUUGGAAAAUGGAAUCAAGAAGAGUGUAAUUUCUGUUCAGGUGAUCAAACAGUGCUUAAAAACGUGUACAUUAAACUGCUGAUGGCUAUUGUGUGUAUUAAUAUUAAUCCAGCAGCCAUUUUUGCAUUGGGUCUAUAAGCUUGUAAUAUUAUUACAAUAAUAAACCUAAGCUCAGGAAAUAACAAAAGCUUUAAUUUAACUACAUUAACUUUGAAUUAUUUCCAUAAGUUAACUCAAUGUUUAAUUCAAACCCGUUUUUGCGUUUUGUUUCAGGAUCCAUAUCAUUUAAAUAAAUGCCACAUUAUAAUGCAAACCAAUCAGAUUUGAAUUGGGUACAACAUUGAGUUAGCCGAAUAGGUCUAUUACUUUUGUCCAGGAUGAAAUAAAGAAGACCAAUCAGAUGUUGGACAACAUUGCUUCUGAUGAAGCAAACCUGGAAGCUAAAAUAGACAAGAAAAAACAAGAACUGGAAAGAAACCAGAAGAGAUUGCGAAGUCUUGAGACUGUCCGGUAAGAGUGACAAGCAAUAGUCUCUCUCAGUUUACAUUUUUGAUUGGUCCCUUAAUCCUUUCCUCCUUGACCAAGUUAUGGUGGGAUGAUUUUUCAUUGUAACUUUUACAUCCAUGGACAAAAUCCUCUGGUGUUGCCAUUCAAAUGAAACCUCUUUGAUGGUACUUUCACAUGGUGUUAUUUAUUUAGUAUGUAGUUCUAAUCCUAUGGUGUUACCAUUCAAAUGAAACCUCUUUGUCAGUACUUUAAUAUGGUGCUAUUUGUUUACAUGUAGUAUGUAGUUCUAACUUUUAAGUCUUUGGAGAAAAUCCUAUGGUGUUACCAUUCAAAUGAAACCUCUUUAGCUCUUUUGCAGAAUAUUUGCAUAAGUUUUAUUAUAAUGUAUUAUUUGCUAGGAUUAAACAAAAAGAUAUUUACUAAUAGAAGUUUUGUGAAUUUUUUUCAUUGACAUGCCCUAAGGCCCCAAGUGACGUUUGAUGUUGUGAUAAAUUCUCCUUUUGUUUCACAAGCAAAUACAAGGCAAUCUGUUAUGAGAAUCUCACAAAUCAACAGAAGUUGCUCAAGUCUUUUUUUCCACUCACCCUAUCAAUUUCUCCUUUAGCACCCUUGAUGUUCUCCUCUGUAACAGAGCUAAUCAGUUUUGCUGAAGUUGACCAUUCAAAAGCCAUUAGUUAAGCAUUAUUGAUUCUUGUUGCCUUUGUAGGCCUGCUUACAUGGAUGAAUACGAAAAACUUGAGGAGGAACUCAAGAAAGUGUAUGAGGUACAUUGUAGUGUUGUUUUGUAAGCUUCUGUGUGUUACUUGUUGUUCUAUGAAGCGAGGGAGGAUACGGAGGUUGGAGCCUGGGAAAAUUGGGGGCGGGAGGGGUACUGGAGGCAGGAGUUCUAAACGGGUGGGUGGCGGGAUAAGUCCGGGGGAAACUGCACAACAAUGCUCAAUAUUUUGCAAUUGAAUAGAGGUACGGGAGCCAGGAAUGCAAGGUAAGGAGGCUGGAGGUUUGGAACCCCUUCCCUCCAUGUUUAAGUAUCCAUGUGUUGACUUUAUUACAGGUAUUUAUGGAAAAACACCGAAAUUUAUCCUACCAAGAACAGUUACUCGAGGACAUCAACAGGGCUGAACAAGACAAAUUUGAGGUACCAGAAAACCUGAUUUUAGAUCUGAUCAGAUCUGUUUUGCAUUUGUUUGUGUGCACACCCUUGCAAGCACAGCCGGUUUCAAUGUGAUUUUCACGAGAGAUUUUAACUAUCCUUCCUUUUUCGUUCAGGUUUUGAGUGACCAACAUCAGUUUUCUCAAAAUUUUCACCUAAGAGAAAAUGCUUUGAUCUUUUCUCAAAUUCUCCCAACUAAUUCUUUUGGGAAAUGCAUGGAGAUCAGUCUGGAGAAUUUCUGUGUGGAUAUUGUAGCUUAAAGGGUUAAGGCUAUGUUUUUUGUUUCUCCCUGUCAUGACCUUUCAUUCCAGUUUUAAGCAAUUGGCCAUUUUCAAGUUGCCCAAAGCCUCUGUUUCAAUGUGAGGCUAAAUGCGAAUUUUGCACUUAGCUUCAUUUCAAAAGUGAGAGGUUUUUGAACUCGAAAAGGGACAAGUAUGUCUAUUUUUGUUGUUGAUAUCUGGUAGGAGUCAGAAGCAACUCUAAGAAACAUGCAAGCUGGAGACCAUGGCCGAGGACUCACCGCUGGAGAGGAACUUGGAGGUUUAGAUGAUGAAGGAGAUGAGGAGGAUGAAAUUGUUCUUGAUGCAAGCAACACACGACAGUCCAACAGGCCGCAAGGUAUGUAGGCAUAAAAAAUCUUCCGUCAUAGCCUUCAUACAGACUUCUUCUUUAGUGAAAGGGAAUCUGGAUUCCAGAGUCCGGGAAAGUUUUGCUUGUGAAUCCCACCAACGAUUAAAAUCUGAAAUCCCAGUUCCACUGACAAAGUAUCCGAAGUUCAGUACUUGGGAUCUGGAAUCUAGAAUCUGGAAUCCAGGAUUGCCUUGGAUUCCCUUACAUUGGGUGAGAAAACCCUCUUCAAGCAAACUUUGGGAAAUCAAAAUUUGAUGUGACUGGAAGUGUUAGCGUUGGUGACCAUUUCGUGAAUUCUCAUGUUAGAUUCAUGUUAGAUUGAUAGUUCGUCACGACGAAAUUCCCAGCAAUUUACAAGAAGUUCUCAUUUUGUCUUCAUUUUACUUACACAGCCGCUGAAGCUGGUGGCCGCGUGUUUGGUUCUAUGGGAGGCGGUCUGGACUCUGAUGAGGUCAGUAGAGAUCAUGGGUGCUUACCACUUGCACCCCCCCCCCCCCCCCCGCCUCGCGUGAAAUCUUGUGCAUAGACAUAAUACUAUAAAAAAAUUGCAUCGCCUCAAAUCACAGCCCAUAUUUUUGUUUCUCAAACGGAGUGGCGCGAACCAUUUGUUUUUCCAGCCGGAACUUCUGGUUUUCCCAUGUAAAUGAUAAGUACCCCAGUAGAUUUUUUCUAGUAAACGAUUGUGCAGACUAUCGUCCACAGUCGCCAAGGUAAUAACCAAGAAAUGUGAAACGCGAAUACUCACAACUUAUUGAUUUUCUGAACCUAUUUCUUGUAGGACGAGAGUGGUUCUUUGUCGUCCGGGGAGAGCGAUAUCGGCGUGGAUGACGAUGAUGACGAAGAACUUCUUGACGAUGACGACAUGGAAGAGGGCCGCGGGGAAGGCCGGGAUGACGGGUCCCAAGCUAACAGUCUUAAUGACAGCGAUAAUGAUUUCUGAACGAACUCAAGUCUGUAAAUAGAGUGCUAUUGAAUAAAGCUAUUGGGCAU